AUGACUUGUCAGCUCGGGUACCGCCGUGGAUUCUGUCCUUCCUGUGUGUCAGGUCACUGUGAUCACCUAAUAGGACAGAGUGACCAUAGAUUAGAUUACACAAACAAAGACCUGAAGAGAAACUUUGAGGCCCUCGCCAGUUUAGAUCUCUGCGCAUCUUACGGUUUUGCAGACGAUCCCAUGCCCAUCAAGGAUGAGGAGAACAGUCAUGGCACACGGUGUGCAGGGGAAGUUGCCAUGGAGGCCAACAACUCCUACUGCGGUGUGGGCAUUGCCUUCAAUGCCAGGAUUGGAGGUAUCCAUCUGUUGAACGGCUCUGUCACGGAUGCCAUGGAGGCCACCGCUCUGACCUUCAACAUCCACUUCAUCGACAUCUAUGUCUGCAGUUGGGGCCCGCGGGACGAUGGGGCCGAGGUGGAUGGGCCGCACAGCCUGACAGAGCAAGCCCUGCGGCUAGGAACUCACAAGGGUCGAGGUGGGAAGGGCAGCCUCUUUGUGUGGGCGGCAGGUAACGGUGGAAUGCAACAGGAUCAUUGCGGUGCAGACGGUUACGUUAACUCCAUCCACACCAUCGCCAUCGGCGCUGUCACUCACACAGGGAAGCCCGCCUACUACGGCGAGCCCUGCCCCGGGGUUGCGGCUGUCACUCUAACUGGGGCGAAUGUGGGAGGCUCACUGCCUUUGGUGACUGUGACCAACACUGGCGAUGGAUGUGUCACACACUUCCCAGGAACAUCCAGUGCUGCUCCAAUUGCUGCAGGAAUUCUGGCUCUGGUCUUGGAAGUAAACCCCGAGCUGACGUGGAGGGAUGUUCAGCAUUUGAUCGCCAAGACAGCAAAGAUUCCCAACCCCAAAGAACCAGGGUGGAACAUAAAUGCAGCAGGAUACCAUGUUCAUCAUAGGUAUGGUUUUGGAUUGUUGGAUGCUGCGCUGAUGGUGCAGCAGGCUGGACACUUUAGCACUGUUGCUUCACAGAGGACAUGCACUCAAGAAGUCAAACUUAAUCCCCCCAGGAUCCUUUCUUCAAGAGGUGGAGUCAGUCUGAACAUCCAAUCAGACGCUUGCCGAGGGGGGAUUAAUGAGAUCAAUACCCUAGAGCAUGUUCAGGUGAGCGUAAGCAUCAGUGCUGUGUGUCGAGGUGACCUCUCCAUAAGCCUGAAGUCUCCCGGCAGCACGGUAUCACUGCUGUUGGACACACGACCCAAUGAUGCCUCUACCGACGGCCUGAAACACUGGACCCUGAUGACUGUGCACUGCUGGGGGGAGCAGCCGCGAGGCCUGUGGACCCUGCAGGUGACUGACCACAAAGGCACAGCGAGGAGCUGUGCGAGGCCGACUGAAGAGGAGGCAGCCGGAGCCUUGCUCAGUGUUACACUCACCCUCUAUGGCACCUACCACCCACACAGGACCAUGCAUGAGAGAUCAUUGCAGAGCGUUGUGUCGAUGGGGUCGCGUCACCUUGUUCCUCGCGUGUACCAGAGGGACCACCACUACCCUCCUCUGGGUCUGGUGCAGUGGGUCUACCAACUGGAGAGAGACAGGAAGGUGCGGGCUGCUGAUAUCACUGUUCCCAGACCUCAGAUGGAGUUUCCUCACAUGUCACGACCUCAUCACCCAUUUCAUGCACAACAGCUGAAUGGCAUGACUGAAGAGAAGUCCUCCCUGAAACCUGCUCUCGUCAACGAGCUCCAUGAGACAAAGACCCUCUUGGAUGAUGUGAAGGGGGAGAUCGGGCCUUUACCUUUACACAUUCUCCAGGAUGUUGCCAUGGAGGUGCAGCUGUCAGACUCUUCAGAUCCGGGAGAUGAUGGAGGAACUGUAGGUUUUCCAAACCCCUCUCGGAUCACACCUGACUCUGAUUCACUCUGGGGCAGUGUUUGCUGGUGA